UCCAUCGAGCGAGAAACGUUUACUCAGCAGAGAGAGGUAGGCUAGACGAAAGUAUAAAUAGAAGGAGAGUCAUUGCGGAAUUUACAUUAAAUACCUAGCGAAUACCAGCAGUAGUUGUUUUGCAUCAUAGUUCUGGAAAAUGAUUCUGUGUAUUUGAUAGCCUGUGUCUGUUUCUUGCAUGCAACCUCGUUAUUAACACAGGAUACACUACACUAUAACCAUGGAUACAAAAGUGAAGUUCACACUAAGGUCAUUGAUGCAAAUAUGCAUUCUAGUUUCUUCACUGCUGAUGGUGGAAGGACAAAGCAAAAAUGUGGAAGUUUACAGUGUACAGGACUUUACAGCAGACAACCCAGAGGAGACUUUCUACCACAUGGCUGUCAGACAUAAUGGAGAGGUGUAUACCAGUACCCAAAAAUCAGUUUAUCGUCUCGCGGACUCCCUUGACUUAAUUCGUAAGAAUGAUACAUGCUCGUCGAAAGAUUGCAUAAAUAUCAACAAGGUCUUGGUUAUUGACUACGAUAAUAAUCGAUUAGUGACGUGCGGUGGCUAUGAAGGUAGUUGCGAGUCAAGGUCACUUGAUGAAUUGACAUAUAAUAUAGCAGAUUCUCUUAAAAUGGUUGUUAGCAUUAAUGACCUUUCUGCCAUAGGGUACAUCGCGAGUAAACCCAAUGAGAACUACUUAUAUGUAGCAGCGACAGAUGACGGACAAAUGGGUAACUUAUUCUAUACAAUAUCUAUAAGGUCGUUGAAUAAUUUCAAGGUUUUUGGUAAAAAUGAAUUUCGAAUAAAUAACAAUUUCAAAAAUAAAAUCCAAUACGUGUCUGGGUUCAGCUACCAGGAGUUUAGGUAUUUUGUUGCAAAUAUAAAGGAGCGAGUCAGUGGAAUUGAGGAAGUAUUCCCUAGGCUAAGUCGUAUUUGUAAUGAGGUUCAUAUUGAACACCUUUCUGACGUGUACCUCAAGUGUGUCGAUGAUACCACCAGCUAUAAGACAAUCAAGGCAGUUUCCUUGGGUCUUGCUGGGCCUGACUUAGCGGCUUCUCUUGGCAUGAAUUCGAGUGAUUAUGUUCUGUAUGCUGUGUUCUUUAAUUCUGACAGUAAAAAUUCAUCCUUGUGUAUCUAUAAAUGGAGUGACAUAGAAACAGCAUUUGAGGAUGCUUUGUUUGGCUGUUCUACUAAGGAUAGUGAUUUGUACAAAUUGAAUUAUGCUAGCCAGGCUACAUGUAAUAGAAUCACUAUAGAUAAAAAUGAUAUAAGUGACUACUUUUGCAAAGACAUCUCAUCAUGGAGUUCCUACUCACAAGGUACCAAAGAAGAAGCAGUUGUGUCCCACGCAGUGUUAGUACUACCAAGUCAUAACCUCACAGCAGUCACGACAGUGAUAGAAAAAAAUCACACAGUAGCAUUCCUUGGAACAGCAGAUGGGCAUCUAUUAAAGGCCCAUCUUGUUAGUAACGUCUCAGCCCGCAUGUUUGAGGAUGUCACACUAGCUGAAGGAAGUACGGUACGUUCAGACAUGUUUGUCAGCGUCGACAAUAAGACAUUGCUGGCUCUCACUGAAAACAAGUUGUUUAAAUUACGUGUUGAGAACUGCACUCAGUACACCACUUGUAAUGAAUGUAUCGGACAAGAGGCAGGGAAGGACGGUGACCCCUACUGUGGCUGGUGUACGUUGGAAAGAAAAUGCACUAAAUACGAUGUCUGUUCCUCUGGUCCGUGGCUCCCUUUCAACGAAGCUGAGUGUGUUUCAAUUACUCAAGUCACUCCACCAAGUUUACAGCAUAGUCAAGAACCAAAAAUGCUGGCUAUUCAGGUGCAGAAUCUUCCUCCUUUGACCGAUGCUGACCAGUACAAAUGUAUAUUCAAUAACAAUGGCAGGCUUCUAGAUGCUGAUUUAACAAACCAAACACUUAAUUGUCAAAGCCCGGAGUCGGAGGUACUACCACCUAUACCGGCAGGAACUGACCAUGUAUCAGUGACGCUUUCUAUCUUUGCAACGGCAACUGGCGUAGAGUUUGUUGAAACAUUAUAUGAUUUCUAUGCAUGCAACGCUCAUCAUGGAUGUAGUAGUUGUGUUUCCAGUGAGUGGGGUUGUAAGUGGUGUGUCUUUAAGAACAAAUGCACUAAACAUCCAGAUGAAGACUGUGCAGAAGAGUCCAUUGUGAUUGAUGGAGAAAAUGAGAAUGCAGACGAGUGUCCCCAAAUUGUGUCUGGUCAAACGGAGGAGCUGCAUGUGAACGUGCCUGUUAAAUUAUCCAUCGAUACGAAAAAUAUACCUCCAACUAUAAAAAAUUUUAAUUGCGAGGUUAAUAUAAUGAAUAAAGUGAAGAGUCUUCCUGCCACUCGUGACAUACAGAAUAACAACACUAUUGUUUGUGAUAAUGAACAGUUUGUUUACAAUGAAGAAGCACAGUCCAUCAAUGCAACAGUAACCAUUCUGUGGAAAAUGGAUGGUGGUUUUGCAACACUGGAUAAUGUAUAUAUUGUAAAGCUGUAUAAUUGCUCUGUUGAACGGCCCGACUGCAGUCGUUGCUUGUCAAACAUCACUGCACCACCAUCCCUUCAAUGUGUUUGGUGUGGCCCCAGUACAGGGUGCACUGUGAAUAGACUGUGUGAUGAUAAAAUUUAUGUGUGUCCAGCCCCAAGAAUCACAAAGAUAAUUCCAAGUACGGUAGCCACUAUGGCUGACAUAACCAUUGUUGAUUAUGUCACACUGGAGGGCAUAGAGUUUGGACAAGAUGAAACAGAUAUUGUAUCGGUCAAGAUUGGUGGUAAAAAAAGUGAAGUGGUCCAUGGCAAAUACGAGGUUGGCAAAAGCGUGAUGGUCAGUGCCCCGGCGUUUGAAGAACCUAUUCCUAGAGAGGUUAUCAUGCUUGUUAGGGGAUCAAACGGCCAGAAUAAAAGCAGUGCAGCCUUUAUGUUGAAUUAUAAGAGUCCAGAAAUUAACAGCUUCUCACCCAAUUUGGGCCCACUGUCUGGAGGAGUAAAUGUCACUAUUUAUGGCAAGUUGUUGACAACUGGCUCUGAACAGAAAGUUAUGAUUGGCGAGUCAGUCUGUAAGAAAUGGAACAUAACAGGUACAACGAUCUGUUGUGAAACAACCAAGUCAAAUAGUACUGGAUCAAAGGACGUAACUGUAAACUUUUCUCUUGCGAGUAGGAAGGCAAACAACAAAUUUGAGUACAAAAAAGAUCCUAAUGUUACCCGAGUUUAUCCCGACUCUUCUAUUAAAUCGGGUGGUCGUAAUCUAACUGUUGAAGGCUCUGGUUUUGACACGAUUCAGAAUCCAAAAGUGAUUGUCACCGUGGGAGAUCAGACUUUUGAAGCGAAAUGCAAGGACAUGAAUAAAACAAUGAUGGUCUGUCCAACACCAAAUGUCUCUUCUCCAACCCAAGAAAAACGAGUAAAGCGUCAGGCAAAGGGUGAGCCUGCUGUGCUGGGGUUCAAGUUCGCAAACGUAGACGAUCUUUUGACAUGGUCACGUAACAGUGGUUUCCAAUUUAUUUUAUAUGAGGAUCCAAUUUACUACAAGUUUAACAAUACCAAGGUGUAUGGAAAGGACGUCAUAGAUGGAGGGGUGUUUGACUUGAGUGAAGGCACAGUUAGUGUCCGUGGUGAAGGACUGAACUAUGCAAGUAAAAAGGAGGAUGUCCUUGUUUACGUUGGUGAUAAGGAGUGUAAAGUGAAUAUCUUGUCUUCCGAAGAGCUCCAGUGCAGUGCUCCAAAAAGCGCCCCCAAUACAGAUCGUUUUGGUGCGCCCACAAAAGAUUAUCCACUAGUCACUGUCGUUCAUGGCAACCUGGAGGUCAUAAUUGGACCAAUCAAAUACCCUGAGAUUCAGUUGUGGUUGUUUGUGUUAAUUGGAAUCGCUGGGCUUAUUUUGCUGAUUUUUGUCUUAGUUGUAAUUAUCCACUUCUACCAUAAAACCAAAAUGAUUGAGAAGGAUAAAGAACGAAUGCUGGAGGAGAUGGAACUAUUGGAAGAGAGUGUACGCGAAGACAGCAGACGAGCCAUUGCUGAAUUAACUACCAACCUGGAUGAUCUAACCACGGAGCUGGAAGGAACUGGUAUGCCGUUCUUAUCAAUGCUGGAUUAUAUGAAGAAGAUGAUGUUUACAGGGUACGAACAGGUCCCUGCCGACUUCGGAUCAGAUCCCCAGGAAUUUUAUCCGAAUGCUCAUGGUCUUAAAGAAUUCGCCAAACUCCUCAGUAAGAAAGACUUUUUACUAUCAUUUAUUGAAAUGGUUGAAGAGAGCAAGAACAUAAGUAAGAAACAAAAAGGAAACUUUGCUUCGUUGUUAACGGUCGGAAUGAUAGCAGAAAAAAAAUUGCCGUACUUCACAGAGGUGCUAACAUCGUUACUAGAGGGCUACAUCAGUGAUGGAGUAGCCUGCAAACGCGGCAAACUAUUAUUUAGAAGGACUGAAUCAGUGACUGAGAAGCUGCUUAGUAACUGGACUGCCUUAUGCAUGUAUGAUCAUCUUAAGGAUCAUGCAGGCUAUCCUCUUUACUUAUUAUACCAAGCCAUUAAAUGCAAGGUAUGGAAGGGACCUGUUGAUGCUGUUACCUUCAAGUCGUACCACUCGUUAAGUAUAGACUAUCUCUUCAAGGAUAAUGUCGAUUUUGAUGAAAUAAAAUUAAAUGUUUCAAUGGAUAAAUCUGACGAAGAGAUGUUUAGUGUAAGCGUUCUAACAUGUGAUUGUAUCUCGCAAGUAAAAGAGAAGAUUUUAGAUGCUAUGUACAAAAGCAGACCAUACUCCAGUAGACCCUCGGCUUCCAGUGUAGAUUUAGAUUUAAGGGCAGGGAACCAAGGUCACCUUGUUUUGUCAGACCUUGAUAACACUUCCAAAGUUACAGGCCACUGGAAGCAACUUAACACACUUCGUUAUUUAAAGAUAAAGAAUGGCGCUCUAGUUGCACUAGUUCCAAAGCAGGAAGUAGCCAAUGCUAAACCUUCAUCUGUUUUUAUUAGUCCUACAACGGUUGGACAAGUAGAAAAUACUAUUAAUAUGAAUGCAAAAUAUGGAUUCUGUGCCGAAGAUUUCAAUAUAGAACGUGGAGUACAACCUUGGCAUUUAGUUAAAGAACUGGAUAGCUUUGAUGAGGACCAUCGGAAUUCUAGGAAACGAAAUCAAGGAUCCAUGUACAGGAGAAAGUUAAAGACCAUCCAAGAAGUGCACUUUCCCCGUCUCAUGUCAACAAAGACAACAAUCCAAAAAUAUGUAGACAGGAUGUUUGAAGCAAUUUUGAAAGCACCGAGCGAUGACAGUAACCUGUCGGUUCCACUCACUAUCAAGUAUCUAUUUGAUUUCUUUGAUAAACAAGCAGAAGAGAAUGAUGUCGGCCAAGUUAUGGCCAAGACAUGGAAGAAUAACAGCCUCGUUCAAAGGUUCUGGGUGACUGUAAUUACACAUCCUAAUUUCAUCUUUGAUAUUUUGCAAACAUUACCAGUGGAGGGUGCCCUCUCAAUUAUAGCUGAGACACUGUUGGACUCUUGUGCAGUCGAAGCUAUCAAAUACACUAAGGACACAUCAACUAAUCGUUUAUUAUACACUCGUGAAGUUCCAAAGUACCGCGAGUAUGUUGAUAGAUUUUAUAGUAGCAUCCAAAAGAUGCCAACCGCCUCAAGCAAUUUCUUGAAUGAAGAGUUAGAAUGUGUAAAUGAGGUAGGCAACAUUUUGUUAUAUAUUUUUAAUUUUAAGUUUAGAGAAUUUUUCCAAAUGGAAUUCCUUGAAAUAUCUAACAUGUUUUUCAUUUUAUCCAGCGUAUAAAUUCCAAUUUCUAAUGUAUGACGAACAUAUUUGUAUCUCUCUAGCUUAUUUACUUACACAGUCUGAAAAAGUUUUAUUUAAUGAUUUUUUUUUUUUUUCUUGGCUUUCAUUUGAUAUAUACCACUUGCAUGUAUGCUGAGAGAAUCUGUCUAUCUUCUCUGUCUACCUCUCCCUCUGACUUUAUAUUCUUGAGUUAUGUUAAUUAUUACAUAAUAAUAAUGAUUAGUUAUUGUAUGUGUACACCAAUUUUAUUGAUGUAUAUAUUAUACAUAAGGCAAUUACCAUCUUGAUUUUUUUCUGUCAUCAC